ACUAUUAGAUUUUUAUCGCCUUUGUGGUAUUUCCUUGAAAUAUUCCGUAUCAUAACAAAACAUUGCCAAAAGUAUUAAGUGUAUGUAUGUACAUACAUAAGUGUGUUUCCAUUUGUUUGUGAAAUGUACUUGUACUUUUUUUAGGCAAAGGGUAGAAGUUUAGUAGCCCUGACCGACUUUUGUAUUUCCGUAUAUAUUUAUGCCUAUUGCGCUAAUAGCCGUAUUUACUUUCACUAGAGAUCAGUGCAUUUCUACGUGAACAUUUCAUUUAUGUAAAUUGUAUCGAUUUUUUAAAAAUCGAUUAUUUUCUUACCAGUCUAAUUAAAUUUGCAGUUUACUGAACUUUUUUCGUCUAGACAAUUUAAGUGGAAAUCGAUAUUGUUUUCAAUUUUAUAUGUAUAUAUGUAGCUAGUUCUGUUUACCAUACACUUACUAUAUAUGCAUAAGUAAAUAGCCGAAAACACAUAAACGUUUUCCAUCAUCCACCAUUUAUAACGAAUAUCUUCCAAUGGGAUAAUUGUAUGUAUAUAUACUUUAAGGCUGCAAGAGGUUCUUUGAACGCAGCAGCUGCUUUGUCAAAUAAGUAGUAUAUAAUAUACAUAUAUAUUAACGUUUGUGUAUAUGCUUAUUAUUAUUCAAGCAGUCAAAACCCAACAAAGGGACCAAUGAACGCUGGCACUGUCAUUGGAAAACAUAUUAACAAUUCGGUAUAUAGCCGGCGUGUGGAAAUUAUAAACAAUUUACGCAGACGUCAUUUUUCAGCGUAGAAAACACAGCAGAUUAGUAGCUGGCUAUCUUUUGAAAACAAUAAAUGCCAGACGUUAACUUGCUCACGCUGCGCAGCUCAAGGUCAUUUCUACAAACGGACCGACUUCAAAUUAUUGUUAUUAACAAAAUUGAUAAUUUGUUUAUAUGUAUGUAUGAAUAAAGUUCAACAACAUGCGAAAAAGGUAAAAAAGAGCGCGUAAGUGUAUGGUAAAUAAUGCAAAUAACAGAUAAGAAUGUUUGUCAACAGGAAAGUUUGCACACAAAACGAUUAAAAAAAACGGGCCGUUAUAAUAUUGAUAACAAAUACUACUAGUAAAAAAUAUUAAUUUGUAUAACUUUAGUUAUUUUUGGUUAUAUUUGUUAAUGUCGAUAGCAUAUGGCGUAAAGAAGCGGACAAUAAUGACUGGAAGAAUUGCAGAGAAACUAGAAUUGUCACGCUACUGGUGAGCUAGCAUGGCUACUAAUGGCGGUAUUGGGAGACAAUGAAAUCUACUAGGGGACCCAAAACGUUUGAGCCAUCCUCAAUGUGAAAAAAUCGGUAAUAUGGAGUCUGUCGCGCUCCCGGUAAUCGUGUAGUGUUGGUGGAUGCAUCAUAUGUUAGUAAAAGACGUAAAUAAUUUUGCUUCCAAAUAAGUUUGUUAAUUAUGUAUAUUUAAAACGAAACCGUUAACGACUGGCAGACGUUUUUAUUUUUGCUCUCCUGCUACUGAUUUCAUUAAAAAUAUACUAAAAAUACACAAUUGUUAUAUAUUCAGCAGAAUAAUUAUAUAAAACCAAAACCAUAAGUUAUAUUUACCAGACUGCACAGCAUCUGAAUAUGAAUUACCAGCUUUGUUGUCCAGAGUUGAAAAUAUUUCCAGAAAAGUUAUUUCUGUUCAUAUGGUUGUCCUCAUCUGAACCCGGACCUAUACAACAAAUUGUGGGUCGACUAGUUCAUCACGGGAAUUCAUUACAGGAUCCAUUAUUGUGGGUAGACUACUUCAUGACGAUGAUCCAUGGCAGAAUCCAUCUUCAGUUCAAUCUUAUACAGCAUUAAAUGACUCAUGAGGCGUGCAUAGAUCUGCUCUCUGUCACUCCAUACUAUGGUCUAACCUCAACUUAUGAUUUCGACGCACUUCCAUUCGCAUUCCUCAUGAAUACAGCGGGUUUCUAUGAAUUGCUAAUUGUUUACUUUUUCUAUACAAAUCAUACAGUAGCUAAAUUAAUGUAUGCAAAUAAAAAUUCGAUUGACGAAGUAAAUAAAUAUUAUAGGGUGGUAAUUUUUUAUACAUUCGACAUUUUUAUGCUUGUUUUGCUACUCCGCUCACAUACAUACACACAUAUAUUUUCUGAAACGUAUAAAUGUUUUGUCAAAAUUAUGAAUAAUUAUUGCCACGAAAAACAACAACAAAAUGUCGAAUUUCAAUAAAAUGUUCAAUAGUACCACCAUUACUGGACGGGCCAAUGUUGCCAAAGUGACUUACGCCUCAUUCGCCUUGUUCUACAUAAUACAUCGCUUACGCAAACGUUUAAAGGCCGCCAGCAAAUGCAACGAGUGUGAAUGUAAGGAAUGUCACAAUGGUGCAGCCUACUCCGCUGAUAAGCAAAAUGGUGGCGCAAGCGGUGGUAGUACAUGCGAUAUGGAGACUUGGCGGCGUGCAAUUGAGGCUAAAAAGACGUCAGUCACAAAUGCUGGUGAUAGCGUUGGCAAUGAAAGCGUCAUUACGCUGAAUACGGUUGAUGUGGCCGAUGCUGGAAACGACGCUAAGAAAGAAGUGCACAUUUUGGGACCCGUAAAUGCGCAGAAGCAAACGGCGAAAAUGAAGUGCUGCGAUGACGAUAAUUAAUAUAUAUAUUUCAGCUAAUUUUUUUUAAUAUAUUUUUUAUGAAUCCAGAAUAUAUAUAUUUUUUAGUUGCAGAGAUUUUUAGAAGCUGCUUCAGAUGCUUCUGAAAUGAAAAUGACAAACAUUUAAUUAGUUAAAAUGUGAAAAUGAGGUAAAAAAAUAAAAAAAAAAUAAUAAAAAUAAAAUAAAAAAAUAAUAGAAAUAAAAUAAAAAAAUUCUAAAAAUUAAAUUUAAACAAAA